ACACCCUGGUUCCAGGUUCCAACAACCAUCCAUGCUAUAUAUAGAGUAGUAUAGCUAUAGGAUUAAUGCUUUGUAGCAUCUAAACUUGUCAGAUCCCAAAAGUAUAACAAAGGAGGAUCACCUGCAACCUGCACAUUCUGUUACGUACCUUAUUUGCGCCACCCCAAAAGUACAGGAUGAAGAAAGUGGUAAUUAAAGUGUCCUUGCAUGGAGAGAAGUCUCGCCCCAAAGCCGUGGACAUGUUAAUCCAGGUAAUGAAAGCUAUGAUGCCCUGCGAGUUGCUCUGGAACCAGCUGCAGCCCUCAGCAGCCAAAAACAAAAUCAAGGCCAUGCAAAUCGUAGCACGAACCCGAGGAGUUGCAUCGAUAGCUUUAGAUGGGGAGGAGAAGAACCAGCUUGUGGUUUCAGGAGAUGAUGAUUUUGAUCCUGUGAAGUUGGCUACGUUGCUCCGAAGGCAUUUGGGAAUUGCUAAUAUUGUGAGUGUUGAUUCAUCAUAUAGUGAAAAGAAAGAAAGUGAAAAAGUUGAGACCACAACUCAUCAUGUUUAUGGUGGUGUUCCUAGUUUCCAAGUUGUUGAGCUUGCAGAUAACCCCGGGUGCAAUUGCAGCAUCAUGUGAGUGCCAAUAGAUGAAGAUUUUGAUAGACUUGAAUAUGCAAUUACUUGUACUAGAAUGUUAUAAGCAAUAGAUGGAUAUAUAUAUAUAUAUAUAUAUAUAUAUAUAUAUGGUUUUCUCAAUUUGCAUGAGAGAGAUUAGAUAUAUGUAUGUACGUCUGUAACCAAAAAAUAAUAAAUAAAAAGAAUGUUAUUGUUUUGUCCUACUUUGAGGUAAAAUAAAAGAAAAUAAUUUUCAAGAAAGAUUCGUUGUUUGGUAGAAAUCAUGCAUGGAAGGGAGAAAUUAAGGAGGGCCCUACAAGGGGAGCCAUUGUAUAACGUAGGUUCAGUAUUAAUUAAGAGUUUUUUGGGGU